AGUACCCAGAGAUAAUAGAACUAUUGGUCAUAAUCAGGACCGGAAGCAGGGUGGUUCUGUCUCUCCUCGCAAAAGUCGGCAUUGUUUGAAGUGCUAGGAUGGGCGAUUCCCUUAUUAUUCAUCUCCAAGGCGGAAUCACUCUUCCGCACGUCGCUAUCCCUGGUCCUUUAUAAUCCUUUCUCAUAUUCUCUCUUUCUUUUUCCAAGUGCUCCAAUGGUUCUGAAUAUACUGCUAUUCUAUAUCUGAAUAUCAAACCAUCUCAGAGUUAAUCUUGAAAACCCCUUUCCGUCCCCUUUCCGGCCCGAUAACCGCAACUUUUCGGCCGAGGCUUCUCCACAUCUUCGGGCCCGGCCGCUGUGACAAUGAAACCUGCAGGGAAAAGGCAAGAGAUUGAUGAUGAAAAGAUCGAUAUUGAGCGAGAAGAAGACGGCCAACGUCCGGGAACUGCUGCAUCGAGUUCCAUUAAAUCAGAACAUGAUGUUCAAGAUACCAUUGAGCCAGUCGUGCUCGGUGAGCCCCUGGGACAUAUAGAUACUCGACGAUCUACCAAGCGUGCUCAGUCCAGAGCGUCGUCUGCACGAUCGAGAGCUCUUUCUGUUGUUCCGAGGUCGAAAAGGCGUGGUCUUUUUGCAAAACUGACAUUGGUGCCUGAGAUUGCGUAUCCUCCUGAUUACAAGAACUCGACGAAAUGGUUUCUCACCGGCAUCAUAGCAUUGGCCACAGCUGCUGCACCUUUAGGCUCGACCAUUGUCUAUCGUAAGUCCUUGAAAAUGAUGGUUGCAUCCAGAGUUGACAAGAAUAGCUGCACUUCCCGUGUUGGUGAAAGAGUUCAACACUUCUGAGACUGUCACCAACCUGUCAGUCGCCCUGUAUAUGAUAUCCAUGGCCAUCUUCCCCCUAUGGUGGUCCUCGUUCUCUGAAGAGUUUGGCCGUCGUUCUAUAUAUCUCAUCUCUUUCACACUCUUCCUCAUAUUCUCCGUCCUCUCUGCCAUUAGCAAGAAUAUAACCAUGCUUAUCGUCUUCCGCAUGUGCGCCGGUGGCGCUUCCGCAAGUGCUCACUCGACAGGUGCAGGCUCAAUCGCUGAUCUGUUUGAGGUGUUUGAGCGUGGCAGAGCUAUGAGUCUAUUCUAUCUUGGUCCAUUGUUAGGGCCUCUGAUAGCCCCUAUCGUUGGUGGUGCGUUGACUCAGGAGAUUGGAUGGCAAGCGACUAUGUGGUUCCUCGCUAUAUACGGUCUCGUUGUCCUUUUGAUGAUUCUCUUCUUCCUCCCUGAGACGUUGCAACGUAAGCCUGAGACUACGUUGCCUACUGCAGAGACUCAGGGACUCAGUCGAAUGCGCACUAUGGACUCGGCCAAGGCCAAGACCAAGAACUUCGCCAAAUCUGCUCGACAUUUCCUCAUUGAUCCUUUAGGAGUUCUCCUCUACCUACGGUUUCCGCCCGUUCUCAUCACCGUGCUUCUUGCUGCCAUUGCUUUUGGUUCUCUCUACGUUGUCAAUAUUGCUAUCCAGCAGAAGUUUUCCCGUGACCCAUACAACUUCGGCCAGCUUUCCAUUGGUCUCAUGUACAUCCCCUCCGGUUUGGGCUACAUCUGUGGAUCGCUGUUUGGUGGGCGCUGGAUCGACAAAAUCAUGGCGAGAGAAGCCCGUAAAGCUGGUCGUUACGAUGAGAACGGGAAGCUGAUAUAUCUUCCGGAAGACCGAAUGAGAGAGAAUGCCUGGGUGAUGACGACCAUUUAUCCUCUGGCACUACUCAUGUUUGGCUGGGUGCUUCGUUACGGUUUGCACCCUGUAGUACCAUGUCUCGCCCUAUUCUUCUUUGGAAUCUCAUCCAUGCUUGUCUUUUCAGUGGCUACCACCAUGCUCACAGAGCUGAUCCGUAAGCGCAGUUCCUCAGGCGUUGCCAUCAAUAACUUUGUUCGCAACACGCUUAGUUGUAUCGGCGCCAUUGUUGCUGCUCCAUGGAUUAACGCCAUUAACGUUGGAUGGGUUUUUACAAUUCUCUGUAUAUGCUGUCUCAUUAUUAGUUACGUUAGUAUCAUCCUGCUGAGGAAGAACGCCACGAAGUGGAGGAAAACUAUGGAUGAAGCACUGGCCCAGUGAAGAUCGCGGCCAAGGGGUAGAAAAUAAUGCAGUCACGAUAAGUCGACGUGUGGAACUAUGUAUUUCAUAUACAAUCAAGCAAAUAAGGACGAAAACAAUCACAUUUCAUAUUCCAGACUGCGUCUCUAUCCAUCAACAUGAAAUUUUACUUGCUAUCUUCGAAGAGCUUGCCAACAGCAUCAAGACCAAUAUUACCACCGCUGAACACCAGUCCGAGGUCCCAACCCUCUUCGCCAGCUUCUCGCUCUACCAUUGAUCUGAAUUCCUCAUCAAACAGCGCCACCGCCAGCGGGACGCAAGCACUGGGCUCGACGACCAGCUUGAACCGCUCAAACACCAGCUUCAUAGCCGCCAGGAUCUCCUCCUCAGUGACGCUGUACAUGCCCGAUACUAAGCGGCGGCCGUAUAUGACUGACCAAGGAUGCUCACCCACGGGAGUGCGUAGUCCAUCGGCAACUGUAAGAGUCUUGACUGUUGUGAUUCGUGUGCCCGACUCGAAUCCACGCUUUGCAUCAUCAGCACCCUCAAACGAUGGCUCCGAGCCAAACACUCGAAUUCCAGUGCCUUCACAGCUCAGAGCAACACCUGAGAGCAUACCACCGCCACCGCAAGGGGUCAUGAUAGCGUCCAAGCCAGGUUUCUCCUUCUUGGUCCUCGGCGCCUCGUUGUCCCGUCCUGUAACCGGUGCCCGGAAAAGUCUCCUCUGCCCGUCAACGACGGCAUCAGCAGUCAUCAAUUCGGAAACUUGCUGUUGGAAUUCUAGGCCGAUGGUGCCUUGUCCAAGGAGAAUAUCCGGGUGGUCAUAGGGCGGCACAAGUCGAGCUCCUGUCUCGGCGAUGACUUUUGCGGCCAUUGCUUCACGUUCAGUGGAUGUGCUUCCACUAAAGAUAACGCGAGCACCGUAGCCUCUUGUUCCAGCGAUCUUCUUGGGGUUGGAAAUCUCAGGCAUGACAAUGUGGGCUUUGAUGCCACUCUCUCGAGCCGCAAGGGCUAGUGCUUGAGCAUGAUUUCCUGUAACAAUUAGCCAUCAUCGUCGGAUAUAGCACGUAUGUGACCCUGUUACCGGAACUGUGUGUCACGACUCCUUUCUCCUUGCCCCCUCCCUCUAACCAUCCCGGCUCUUUCUUCAGCCUCUCGAUGGCAUGAAAAGCACCUCUCGCUUUAAAAGCGCCAAUGCGUUGCAAAUUCUCGCAUUUGAACCAGAGUCUUAGCACCGGCCGGGCCGGCGUUCUACCAGCAUAACGAGUCCCUUCGAGCUCCUCCGCUGUGCGAGGGGUUGAAGCUAGUUUCGUGAUAGUCUGGUUGGUCAGGACGGGCGUAAAGUGGACAUAUGGGCUGAUGAGCUUGUGAGCUUCGAUGACUGACUCACGAGUCAAUGGGGGAGUUGUUGAUAGAUCAGCCAUGUUGAUUGUGGUAAUGCUAGGUUAGAAUGGUUGGGUUCAAGGUAUAAGUCUACGAGAUGGACGAACUGUGGCCCUAUGCUGCGCAGUCGAGGUUCUUAAGUAUCACCAACUCUCUAGUCAUGCUCCGGUUGUCGGCUACUCCCAACUGCCUGUUUUAGCAAAU